AUGCCCUCCCCCAAACGCAUCGUCCUCGAAAAAUCCCGCACCGUCCGCCGCCGCUACCAACGCAGCAACAAACGCCUCGAAUUCUCAGCGUCCCAGAUCGCGCGCAUCGAGCGAGAAGAAGCGCGCGAGAAACGCGCCAAGCAGCUCCGCGAUCGUGAGAAGAAACGCAUCGCCAAUAAGAAGAAGAAAGCGGAGAAAGAGGCUGCGGAGCGCGAGGAACGGAGGAAACGGGGUCCUGGUGGGCUGUUGGCCGAACAGUGUGCGGAGCCGGUGCCGAGUAGUCAGCCUUUGUUGAGCAGGUUUUUGACGAAGAAGACUACGUCGGCGCCGGUGGAGGCAGAGGGGCAGGGGGGCGAGGGGGAUACUACUUCUGCUCUGGGAGAGGAUGUGGGGGACGAUGAGGAUGAGGAUGAGGAUACACAGGGAGCAGGGGUUGAGUCUUCUCGGGGAAGCUUGGAGAGGAGGGAGAGUCUUGGGGAGUUUGUGGAGCUUGGAGAGGAGGACGAGAGCUUUUUGGCAUGUCUGGAUGAUCUAGAAGAUCUGGAAGAUAUGGAUGGGUUAUCGGACGAUACGAUCAUCGCAGGGCUUGAGAAUGGACUCUUGCAGGAUGAAACAAGAGCUAUGGAAGAUACUGGGACUGGUGACAUCCGCAAAGACCCGCGGGAGAAAGACGACGACGAAUUCUCCGACUGUUCGAUAUUCUACGACGAGGAUCUCAUCAAAGAAGCGGAUAGUAUGGCAACUACUGCACGCCAACCCCGGCCAAAAGAGACGUCGGAUAAACCGGUUCCCAUCGGAUUGCCCGUGGGGGACUCGUUCCAGGACGACACGGCGGACUUGCUGGAGGAAUUUGCGCAUGAAAUCCAUGAAUUCGACACAGAUGAUGAGUUUGAGCGGGAAUUGGUGCAGUUGGAUGCCGUUUGA